AUGGCCGACGAUAAUGUACUCCUCCCACAUCCAAAUGUCAAAGUUCCAAUAUGGUACUAUCAGAUCAACAAUGUCCCCGCUCUCAAAGAACAAGCGUCUGCUUCGUUCUGGAAAGCAGUGGAAGAAGAUGAGAUGGCACCUUAUCUCAGGACCAUAGGCAGCGACAAUACCUCGCUCAUCAGUACGUUGGAGGAAAAGAACAAGAAAGAGCUAGAUGCUAUAGAGGAGAAGUUGAAAGAGGCCGAGGAGAAUAUGGGUGAUAGUGAAAUCUCAGAUCUUCUGAGGAAAAAAGCAAUGUACCUCUGUCGGAUAGGUGACAAGGAAAAAGCUAUACCUGCUUUGGACGUUGCUUUGGAGAAGACGGCGGGAUUAGGAGCCAGGAUUGACUUGGUAUUGGCUAUGGUCAGAAUGGGAAUAUUCGCUGCUGAUCAUCAACUCGUCAUAACCAACAUCGCUCGUGCCAACGACUUGAUUGACUCUGGCGGAGAUUGGGAUAGAAGGAACCGACUCAAAGUUUACCGAGCCGUUCAUUGUCUCUCCAUUCGAGAUUUCAAACAAGCUGCCGACCUACUCACCGACUCACUCUCCACCUUCACAGCUACGGAAUUGAUGGAAUAUGAAGAAUUUGUGGCUUUGACCGUAUUAGCUGCCGGUGUGGGAUGUGAUCGUAAAGCCAUAAAAGAGAAGAUCCUUGCUAGCUCCGAAGUGACCGGCUGUCUAAGCUCGAUUCCUCAUUUGGCAUCCAUGACCGACUCAUUGUCCAAGAGCAAUUACUCUCAAUUCUUCCUUUCCCUCGCAGACGUCGAACAGACGUAUCUCAUCCCUUCACCCAUUCUCGCUCCCCACGCCAGAUACUACGUCCGGGAAAUGCGAAUCAAGGCCUACGCUCAAUUGUUGGAAUCGUAUCGGAGCUUGACGAUGGAACGCAUGUGUCGCAGUUUCGGGGUUAGUGAGAGUUUCAUGGAUGAGGAUUUGAGUCGGUUUAUCGCCAAUGGCAGAUUGAGAUGCACUAUCGACAAGGUCUCUGGAGUGAUCACCACGGAUAAAUUGACAAGGGAGAAUAAGACGGCGGUGUAUGAACAAUUAUUGAAACAGAGUGAUAUUCUUCUGAGCGAUGUGUCAAAACUGCAUCGAGUGAUAGGAUAGUGGGUGUACAUAGAUAGCAUAUGCAUGUUGCAUCUUCCAA